UUUAUAAACGGGCUCUGUAUCUCACAUGAGCGCAUUGAAACGAGAUCAAGUUCAACAUGAAGAUACUCGAUUUGGCUGCUUUCUUAUUCCUUUAUGUCGCUACCGUUCGCGGCAACUUCAGAACGAUUCAGAACGGUAUCUUAAAUAUAGGCGAACAUGUAUUUGAAGCACUCGAUUACGGCGCUGAAGCUUUGAAUGACAGAUAUAUAAUCGGUCCUAAUGGUAUUCCUAUUAGAAUAGACACAGAAGAAUUGUUAUUUCCAACGCUGGGAGAAACUCAGAAAAACCUCCCCAACACUGUUUUUUUCUAUCUAUAUACAAGAAACAAUCCAACAAACUCUCAACGAUUGAACGUGGGCGACGAAAAUACUUUGCGAAAUAGCAACUUCAAUGUAUCGAAGAAUACCUUAAUUUAUGCCCAUGGAUGGAUGGCUAAUUACACAUCAGCAGCAGGACUUCGCAAUGCUUGUUUUACAGCUAUUCUUAAAAACUGUGACUGCAAUGUCAUACUACUUGACUGGGGGGCCAUAGCGGGAAAACCAUACGUAUGGUCUAGCGAUCGUGCUGGGAUAAUCUCCCAGUACGUCGCCCAGAUGAUUGACUUUCUACAUGCGGAAGGAAUGGAUGUAUCUAGAUUGACCAUAGUUGGCCAUUCUCUUGGCGCACAUAUAGCUGGAUUAUCGUCCUACUACGCGAAGAACAAAGCGAAUUUUAUUGUCGGUUUGGAUCCAGCUCAGCCCAACUUCCUUCGUGCUGGUGCAGGAAUCAGAUUGUCUUCUGGAGACGGAAACUACGUACAAGUUCUCCAUACCAAUGCCGGUGCGGCUGGAUUUAACAUGUCUUUGGGUGACAUUGAUUUUUGGGCAAAUAAUGGUCAGACUCAAAAUGGUUGCGACUCCGUGAACGUAUUUGGCAUAAUUAAUUGUUCACAUGGUAGGGCUGUCGACUAUUACAUGGAAUCUCUUAAUAGUAGAGUAGAAUUUAUAGGGAGAGAAUGCGACAAUUAUAACGAUUUUACACGAGGAAACUGCGCGAAUAACCCUACAGCUGUUAUGGGUGGCGUUACUCCGCAGACUAAUCUCAAAGGUAAUUUUUAUUUCACCACGAACAUGAGCCCGCCGUAUGCUAGAGGUGCCGAAUAAAUCGAAAUAUGUUUCUGUUUAAAAAUCAAUGGACGGUCAUUCAAAACGAGAUAUGAACCUUUAUGUUUUUACGCUGUGCACACCUUCCCUCUAUUGUAAAAUUUUUUAGAUAUUUCAAAAAGCGUGCAAAAUUUUUGGAAAACGUAGGAUUUUCAUUGUAAUUGUAAAAAUGGAGGGUUUUUUUUGACAAACCUUCACAUUCAAUUGUAUUUCGUAAUUUAGAAGAGAAAUAAAGAGCAAUAAGUAAA